AUGGCCCGUCGUCCCGCUCGUUGCUACCGGUACUGCAAGAACAAGCCGUACCCCAAGUCGCGGUUCAACCGUGGUGUGCCCGACCCCAAGAUUCGUAUCUUCGAUCUGGGCCGCAAGCGUGCUACCGUCGAUGACUUCCCUCUGUGCAUCCACCUCGUCUCGAACGAGUACGAGCAGCUGAGCUCCGAGGCUCUCGAGGCUGCCCGUAUUUGCGCCAACAAGUACCUGGUCAAGAAUGCCGGAAAGGAAGGUUUCCACCUGCGUGUCCGCGCCCACCCGUACCACGUCGUCCGCAUCAACAAGAUGUUGUCGUGCGCUGGUGCCGAUAGACUGCAGACCGGUAUGCGUGGUGCCUGGGGUAAGCCCAACGGCACUGUCGCCCGUGUCAACAUCGGCCAGAUCAUCCUGAGUGUCCGCACUCGUGACUCUAACCGUGCUCUUGCCCUGGAGGCUCUCCGUCGCUCGCAGUACAAGUUCCCUGGUCGCCAAAAGAUCAUUAUCUCCAAGAACUGGGGAUUCACCCCCCUCCGUCGCGAGGAGUACCUCGAGAAGAAGGCUGCUGGUCGCGUCAAGGUCGACGGUGCCUACGUCCAGUUCCUUGCCAACCACGGUUCUCUCGAGAACAACAUGAAGCGCUUCCCCGAGGCUUUUGCAGCUUAA